AUGGAGGAUGUGUUUGAGGAGGCAUUGAUAGAUAUUGACAACGAUGAUGCAAACAACCCGCUUGCUGGUGUUGAAUAUGUGGGAGAUUUGUAUGCCUACUACCUAGAGGAAUUGUCUUUCUUCUUAAUCGAGCUUUGUCUGGUGGAAUAUGAGAUGUUGAAGCAUCCACCAACAUUUAUGGCUGCUGCGGCAAUCUAUACAGCUCAAUGCACGCUUUAUGGCGUCAAGGAAUGGAGUAGAACCUGUGAAUGGCAUACAGGCUAUUCAGAAGAUCAUUCACUUAUGGAAUGCGCGAAAUUGAUAGUGAGCUAUCACGAGAAGGCAAAAACAGGGGGCCUACUAAUAGGGGUGCAUAAUAAGUAUAACACAUCCAAAUUUGGCUAUGUAGCAAAAGUUGAGCCAGCAUAUUUCCUGGUCCAACACUCAUGA